CUGAUGGCAUGGCCGGAUCGCUCGUCCAUAAUAGUCACAAAUUAGGAUCCCACUGGCGCCACUAAUAGGCUCUCCACUCCCCUGUUCGGGCUGUCCCACACUGGUGUCUCCAUGUUUGAAGACCUUGCGUCAUAAGUCAUAAGAGCCAGCGGUUUCAUCAACAGCGUUACUAUUAUAUUCCUUUAAUAUUCUUCGUGGUCAUUAGGAGUGAGUUGGCGAGGCGAGAUGCUGCUGAUACAGAGGACACCGCCGGGUAUAUUCCACCAUCCCGCUACACGCCUGAUCUCGAGGCGGGCGUUCACUUCGUCUCGGGUGGUCCGUCGACUGGCCCUUUCCUAUGACCUGCAUGAGCCCAGCCCGAAGCAAGAUGGCGAGCAAUUGGGCGCCCCAAUUGUAUUCCUACACGGUCUGUUCGGGUCGAAGCAAAACAAUCGGAGCAUGAGCAAAGCCCUUGCGCGGGAUCUGCGGAGGCCAGUCUACGCGGUCGAUCUCAGGAAUCAUGGUGACUCUCCUCAUGAUCCGACGCAUGACUACCUCCAUCUUGCAAACGAUGUCGAGACGUUCCUCGAGUAUCACAAGCUCACCGAACCAACCCUAAUUGGGCACUCCAUGGGUGCUAAAGUCGCCAUGACCGUGGCCCUUCGCUCCCCGCCCAAAGUAGCGAAUCUCAUCGCUGUUGACAACGCUCCAGUGGAUGCGGCAUUGAAGAGUGAUUUCGGUGGUUACAUCCGCGGAAUGCGGCAGAUCGAAGAAAAGGGAGCAAAGAGACAAAGCGAUGCGGAUGAGAUCCUCAAGUCGUAUGCACCGGAGCUUCCCAUCCGGCAGUUUCUGCUGACCAACUUGACCCGACCCCAGGGCUCCGAAUACCUGAAGUUCCGGAUCCCGGUCAAAUAUCUCGCGGACGCGUUGGAUAAGAUGGCCGAUUUCCCGUUCAAAGACCCCGAACAAGUGCGGUUUGCAAAGCCGGCGUUGUUCGUGAGGGGCACGAAAAGUCAUUACAUGGCCGACGAGACGUUGCCGGUCAUCGGGCGGUUUUUCCCGCUAUUUCAGGUGGUGGAUGUGGAGGGUGGGCAUUGGGUGAUUAGUGAGAACCCAGAGGCAUUCAAGACGGCCGUGGUCGAGUUCUUGCAACAGGAAUGAUUUGUUCCCAGGUCGAUGGGCUCACUGGCGCCAGCGGAGUCCUGC